ACCAAGAUGGAAUAUGAGUGGAAACCUGAUGAGCAAGGGCUUCAGCAGAUCCUGCAGCUGCUGAAGGAGUCCCAACCCCCCGACACCACCAUCCAGAGAACCAUUCUGAAACUGGAACAACUCAGUCAAUAUCCAGACUUUAACAACUACCUGAUUCUUAUUCUUACAAAAUUAAAAUCUGAAGAUGAACCCACAAGAUCAUUGAGUGGUCUCAUAUUGAAGAAUAAAGUGAAAGCACACUUUCAGUAUUUCCCAAAUGGUGUAACAGACUUUAUUAAGAGUGAAUGUUUAAACAUUAUUGGUGACUCCUCUCCUCUGAUUAGAGCUACUGUAGGCAUUUUGAUUACAACUAUAGCCUAAGGAGAACUGCAGAAUUGGCCUGACCUCUUACCAAAACUCUGUAGCCUGUUGGAUUAUGAAGAUUACAACACUUGUGAGGGAGCAUUUGGUGCCCUUCAGAAGAUUUGUGAAGAUUCUGCUGAGAUUUUAGAUAGUGAUGUUUUAGAUCGUCCUCUCAACAGCAUGAUUCCUAAAUUUUUACAGUUCUUCAAGCACAGUAGUCCAAAAAUAAGGUCUCAUGCUGUUGCAUGUGUCAAUCAGUUUAUCAUCAGUAGAACUCAAGCUCUGAUGUUGCACAUUGAUUCCUUUAUUGAGAAUCUCUUUGCAUUGGCUGGUGAUGAAGAACCAGAGGUACAGAAAAAUGUGUGCCAGGCACUUGUGAUGUUGCUUGAAGUUCGAAUGGAUCGCCUGCCUCCUCACAUGCAUAAUAUAGUUGAGUACAUGCUACAGAGGCCCCAAGAUCAAGGUGAAAAUGUGGCUUUAGAAAGCUGCGAAUUCUGGCUUACUUUGGCUAAGCAACCAAUAUGCAAAGAUGUACUCAUAAGGCAUCUUCCUAAGUUGAUUCCUGUGUUAGUGAAUGGCAUGAAAUACUCAGAUAUAGAUAUUAUCCUACUUAAGGGUGAUGUUGAAGAAGAUGAAACAAUUCCUCAGAGUGAACAGGAUACAAGGCCACGUUUUCAUCGAUCAAGGACAGUGGCUCAGCAGCAUGACGAAGAUGGAAUUGAAGAGGAAGAUGAUGAUAACGAUGAAAUUGAUGAUGAUGAUACAAUUUCUGACUGGAAUCUAAGAAAAUGUUCUGCGGCUGCCCUAGAUGUUCUUGCAAAUGUGUAUCAUGAUGAGCUUUUGCCACAUAUUUUGCCCCUUUUGAAAGAAUUACUUUGUCGUCAUGAAUGGGUUGUUAAAGAAUCAGGCAUCUUGGUUUUAGGAACAAUUGCUGAAAAUUGCAUGCUGGGCAUGAUUCCAUACCAACCUGAGCUCAUUCCUCCCCUUAUUCAGUGCCUCUCUGAUAAAAAGGCUCUUGUGCAUUCCAUAACGUGCUGGACUCUUAGCCGCUAUGCACACGGGGUGGUCAGCCAGCCCCCUGACACGUACCUGAAGCCAUUAAUGACAGAACUGCUAAAGCGUAUCCUGGAUAGCAACAAGAGAGUACAAGGAGCUGCCUGCAGUGCCUUUGCUACCCUGGAAGAGGAGGCUUGUACAGAACUUGUUCCUUACCUUGCUUAUAUACUUGAUACCUUGGUCUUUGCAUUUAGUAAAUACCAGCAUAAAAACCUGCUCAUUUUUUAUGAUGCCAUAGGAACGUUAGCAGAUUCAGUAGGACAUCACUUAAACAAACCUGAAUAUAUUCAGAUGCUAAUGCCUCCACUGAUCCAGAAAUGGAACAUGUUAAAGGAUGAAGAUAAAGAUCUCUUCCCUUUACUUGAGUGCCUAUCUUCAGUUGCCACAGCCCUGCAGUCUGGCUUCCUUCCAUACUGUGAACCUGUGUAUCAGCGUUGUGUAAACCUAGUACAGAAGACUCUUGCACAAGCAAUGCUGAACAAUGCUCAACGAGAUCAGUAUGAGGCUCCAGAUAAAGAUUUUAUGAUAGUGGCUCUUGAUUUACUCAGGGGCCUGGCUGAAGGACUUGGAGGCAACAUUGAACAGCUAGUAGCCCAAAGUAACACUCUAACACUAAAGUAUCAGUGCAUGCAGGAUAAAAUGCCAGAUGUUAGACAGAGUUCCUUCACCCUGUUAGGUGACCUGACAAAAGCUUGCUUUCAGCAUGUUAAGCCUUGUAUAGCUGAUUUCAUGCCAAUAUUGGGAACCUACCUAAAUCCAGAGUUCAUUUCAGUCUGCAAUAAUGCCACAUGGGCAAUUGGAGAAAUCUCCAUUCAAAUGGGUAUAGAGAUGCAGCCUUAUAUUCCUAUGGUGUUGCACCAGUUUUGCACCAGACCCAACACGCCAAAGACAUUGUUAGAGAAUACAGCAAUAACAAUUGGUCAUCUUGGUUAUGUUUGUCCUCAAGAUGUGGCCCCCAUGCUACAGCAGUUUAUAAGACCCUGGUGCACCUCUCUGAGAAACAUAAGGGACAAUGAGGAAAAGGAUUCAGCAUUUUGUGGGAUUUGUACCAUGAUCAGUGUGAAUUCCAGUGGAGUAAUCCAAGAUUUUAUAUUUUUUUGUGAUGCUCUUGCAUCUCCAAAAGAUGAUCUGCAAGACAUGUUCUGUAAGAUCCUUCAUGGAUUUAAAAGUCAAGUUGGGGAUGAAAAUUGGAGGCGUUUCUCUGACCAGUUUCCACUUCCCUUAAAAGAGCGUCUUGCAGCUUUUUAUGGUGUUUAAUCUCAUACAUUUACGCUGCAGUCCCAUAAUUAGGGGUCCUUCAGUCUUGGAGACUAUGAGGGAGCCUCUGCACCCAGGGAAGAUGUUACCCUUUACAGGGAGGGAGGGUAAACCGGUA